AAAUCUUUAAUAUUAAAAUUAAAGUAUGAUUAUUUUGAAGUAAAAUGUGUUUACAUCCUAAAGAUGCCUGGACAGGGGGAACGAAAAAAGCAACUCUUAUUUUGGAGGAUGGAACCAAAUUUGUGGGAACGAGCUUUGGAAGUGAGACUAGUAUUGCAGGAGAAAUAGUGUUCCAGACUGGUAUGGUGGGGUACCCGGAGUCCUUGACUGAUCCGUCUUACCGGAGACAACUCCUCGUUCUAACCUACCCUCUCAUAGGAAACUAUGGCGUGGACGGAGAAGCUUUAGAGAAAUGGGCAGAAUCCUACAGAAUAUGGGCAGGAGCACUGAUUGUUGGAGAGUUAUGUACUUCUCCGUCCCACUGGAACUCAGGUCGAGACCUGGACUCCUGGUUGAAAGAGGAGGGAAUCCCUGGACUCCAGGGUAUAGAUACAAGAGCACUAACUAAGAUAAUUCGAGAGAAAGGAACUAUGCUGGGAAAGAUAAUAGUUGAAGGAGACAAGGAAGAAACCUUCCCGUUCUAUAAUCCCAACUCCAUGAACCUCGUCGAAGAAGUCUCAACCAAGGUUAAAAAAACCUAUAAUCCUAACGGAAGUCCUAGGAUCUGUAUGGUCGACUGUGGGCUCAAACAGAACCAGUUGCGUUGUUUAAUGAAGCGCGGAGCACGUGUUGAUGUUGUCCCAUGGGACUCCAAGCUAGACCCGGAGCAAUACGACGCACUCUUCCUUUCAAACGGUCCUGGUGAUCCACAGGUUUGUAAGAAUACAGUUGACGAGAUAAGACGAGUUAUCUCCCUGCCCAACCCGAAACCAGUUUUUGGAAUUUGUCUUGGACAUCAACUUCUCUCCGUUGCGGCCGGCUGCAGUACAUACAAGCUCAAGUAUGGUAAUAGAGGGCACAAUCAGCCCUGCAGGCUCGAGGGUACUCAAAGGUGUUAUAUGACCUCACAGAACCAUGGGUUUGCGGUCAGCACAGAGCAGAUACCUCAAGGCUGGAGCAAACUCUUUACAAAUGAGAAUGAUGGAUCAAAUGAAGGGAUAGUUCAUCAAACGAAACCGUUCUUCUCUGUACAAUUUCACCCGGAGCACACUGCUGGACCUGAGGAUUUAGAAAGCUUGUUCGACGUGUUUAUUAAUAUGGCAACCAAGAAAUCUGAGGUGAACGUGAAGCAAGCCAUCAUGGAGACACUGAAGAUCCAACCGGUCAGCGUGGAGGAGAUUGUCAGACCAAGAAAGGUUCUGAUUCUUGGGUCUGGAGGACUAUCUAUUGGGCAAGCCGGAGAAUUCGACUAUUCUGGGACUCAAGCAAUCAAGGCAUUAAAAGAAGAAGGGAUUGAUACCAUUGUAAUUAAUCCCAAUAUUGCUACUGUACAGACUAGUAAGGGCCUAGCCAACAAGUGCUAUCUUCUCCCAGUCACUCCUGAGUUCGUAGAACAGGUUAUAAAAGCAGAAAGACCGGACGGUAUUCUUCUAACAUUCGGUGGUCAGACUGCACUCAAUUGUGGCGUUGUCAUGAACAAGGCCGGAACCUUUGAGAAGUAUGGAGUAAAGAUAUUGGGAACUCCCAUCAAAUCUAUCAUAGAGUCGGAGGAUCGAAAACUUUUUGCGGAGAAGAUCGCAGAGAUCGGAGAACAGGUUGCUCCUAGUAUGAUUGUAGAGAACAUAGAAGAAGCUCUCCAAGCAGCUGAGAAGCUGGGGUAUCCUGUACUCGCUAGAGCUGCUUAUGCGCUGGGAGGACUUGGAUCAGGGUUUGCAGAGAACCCUACUGAGCUGAAGAACCUGGCCAAAACAUCGUUCGCUCACUCCACACAGGUCAUCAUCGACAAGAGCUUGAAGGGCUGGAAGGAGGUCGAGUAUGAGGUGGUCAGGGAUGCCUACGACAACUGUAUCACGGUUUGCAACAUGGAGAACUUGGAUCCUUUAGGGAUUCAUACUGGAGAGAGUAUAGUGGUCGCUCCCAGUCAAACACUUACUAAUAGUGAAUAUAACAAGCUGAGAACUACGGCUAUCAGCGUUAUUAGACAUCUGGGAGUUGUUGGAGAAUGCAACAUUCAGUAUGCAUUGGAUCCAGAAUCCGAGAAAUAUUACAUAAUUGAGGUGAAUGCUAGAUUAUCUCGUAGCUCAGCAUUGGCUAGCAAAGCGACAGGAUUUCCCUUAGCUUACAUUGCCGCCAAGUUGGCUUUGGGGACUGCCCUUCCAGAUCUCAAGAAUACUGUCACAGGUGUGACAACAGCAUGCUUUGAACCAAGUUUGGAUUACUGUGUUGUUAAAAUUCCCAGGUGGGACUUGAGUAAGUUCAGUCAAGUGAGUACUAAGAUUGGGAGCAGUAUGAAAAGUGUAGGAGAAGUCAUGGGAAUCGGCCGGAAGUUCGAGGAAGCGUUCCAGAAAGCUCUUCGAAUGGUUGACGAGUCAGUUACUGGAUUCGAUCCAACACGGAACAAGGUCAUCGAGAACGAACUGAGUGAGCCGACAGAUAAGCGAAUAUUUGUGGUGGCUGCUGCCUUGAAGCAAGGAUAUACUGUUGAGAAACUAUACGAACUUACUAAGAUUGAUCCUUGGUUUCUAAACAAGAUGAAGAACAUAAUAAACUGCUACAACACUCUAGAAAAGAGCAGUGUAACUGUAUCUGAGAAGGAUAUGUUGACCGCUAAACAGCUUGGAUUCUGUGACCUGCAGAUCGCCCAGCUAGUCGGCAGCACUGAUACAGCUAUUAGAGCUCUGCGGAUAGAUAUGGGUAUAAUGCCCUGGGUCAAGCAGAUAGAUACUGUGGCGGCUGAAUGGCCGGCUACGACCAACUAUCUUUAUCUGACCUACAACGGGUCAACUCAUGAUAUAGAGUUUAACGUUGAGGAGCAUAUUAUGGUUCUUGGAUCCGGAGUUUACAGGAUUGGAAGCUCGGUUGAGUUUGAUUGGUGUGCAGUCAGAUCUAUUCAGGAGUUGAGAAGGCUGGGAAAGAAAACGAUUAUGCUGAAUUAUAAUCCUGAAACUGUCUCUACUGAUUAUGAUAUGUGUAGCAGAUUGUAUUUUGAUGAAAUAUCUUUUGAAGUUGUGAUGGAUGUUUAUCAGCUUGAAACCCCGGAGGGAGUGAUAUUGAGUAUGGGCGGUCAGCUUCCUAACAACAUUGCCAUGGAUUUAUACAGGAGCAAUGUGAAGGUUCUAGGAACUUCUCCUGAAAGUAUUGAUAACGCUGAGAAUAGGUUCAAGUUCUCCAGGAUGUUGGACAGGAUUGGAAUAAAGCAACCCAAGUGGAAGGAGUUGACAAAUCUUGAGUCUGCAAAGGAGUUCUGCGAUGAGGUUGGAUAUCCUUGCCUUGUCCGGCCCUCCUAUGUCCUUAGCGGUGCUGCCAUGAACGUAGCGGACUGUCACCAGGACUUAGAGCGUUACUUGAAGCAGGCCAGUGAUGUCAGUAAAGAGCACCCCGUUGUCAUCUCCAAGUUUAUCCUGGAUGCUAAAGAGAUUGAUGUAGAUGCUGUUGCUUGUGAUGGAGAGGUUAUCUGUAUGGCAGUAUCAGAGCAUGUGGAAAAUGCCGGAGUUCAUUCAGGAGACGCAACCCUUGUGACCCCACCAGGAGAUGUCAACUCUGAGACGCUAGCCCAGAUUAAGCAGAUCACCAGCGCUAUUGCAAAAGCUCUUGUUGUUUCCGGACCUUUCAACAUGCAACUCAUUGCAAAGGAGAACAAGCUGAAGGUCAUCGAGUGCAAUCUUAGGGUGUCAAGAUCCUUUCCAUUUGUGUCUAAAACUCUGGGGCAUGAUUUUAUUGCAACUGCUACACAAAUUAUCAUUGGUCAGAGAGUAGAACCAAUAGAUGUUAUGUUUGGUGAGGGUAAAGUAGGAGUGAAAGUUCCAGUUUUCUCCUUUUCUCGUCUCUCUGGAGCUGACAUAAAGCUUGGAGUUGAAAUGUCGUCUACCGGUGAGGUUGCCUGCUUUGGCGAGGACAGGUAUGAGGCGUACCUGAAGGCUAUGAUUGGGACUGGGUUCACAAUGCCCAAGAAGACAAUUCUACUGUCUGUUGGAAGUUACAAACACAAGGUUGAAAUGAUGGCUAGUGUUGAAGCCCUUCAUGAGAUGGGGUAUAAACUCUACGGAAGUUCUGGAACUAGUGACUACUAUAGAGAACACGGAGUUCCUGUUGAAACAGUUGAAUGGCUUUUUGAAUCUAUUGGCGAUGAAACAGACAUUGACAAAAUGGCAGGUCAAAUGGUUAGCAUGGCUGACUAUCUCUCAAACAAGCACUUUGAUCUGGUCAUUAAUCUACCCAUGAGGAAUACUGGAGCCAGGAGAGUUUCUUCCUUUGUACCAACCUAUGGUUACAAGACCCGUAGGAUGGCAGUUGAUUAUGGUGUUCCACUUAUUACUGAUGUUAAAUGUGCCAAGUUGCUUGUGGAAGCUAUUCAAAAGACUAAGGGUAAACUAACCUGCAAGUUUGUAGAUUGCAUCACUGCAAAAAAGAUUGUUCGACUUCCAGGUCUUAUUGAUACUCAUGUACAUAUGAGAGAGCCUGGAGCAACUCACAAGGAGGACUUCAGCAGUGGAACAGCUGCAGCUUUGGCUGGAGGAGUUACCAUGGUCUGUGCAAUGCCUAAUACAAUUCCACCAGUUACAGAUGAGACCGUGUUUAACCUCUGCCAGAAACUAGCAUCUGAGAAGGCAUAUUGUGAUUAUGCUUUGAUGGUUGGAGCAACCUCAACCAACUAUGCUUGUAUUCCUAAACUUGCAUCACAGGCAUCAGGACUAAAGAUGUAUCUGAACAGAACAUUCACUGAUUUAAUGAUGGAAUCAACAACGGACUGGUUGCAUCACUUCCAGCACUGGCCACGAAAUGCCCCAAUCUGUGUUCAUGCUGAAGGAAGAACAGUUGCUGCUGUUAUCCUAAUGGCAUCUCUGUUUGACAGACCGCUUCAUAUCUGCCAUGUGAGCAGCAAAGAUGAAAUUGAAAUAGUCAAAGCAGCUAAGAUUAAAGGACUUCCAAUAACCUGUGAAGUCUGCCCCCACCAUCUCUUCCUUACAGAACAGGAAAUACAUGAACUCGGAGAUAACAUGAGUGAUGUUCGACCUAGAGUUGGUAGGCAGGAGGACCAAGAAGCUCUUUGGGAGAACAUGGAUUAUAUUGAUAGUAUUGUGACGGAUCAUGCUCCUCAUACACUGGAAGAGAAGAAGAGUUCUGUAGAUAGUCCAGGAUUCUCAGGACUAGAGACCAUGCUUCCUCUCAUGCUAACAGCUGUGAAUGAAGGAAAAAUCACCUUACAGGAACUAGAGGAAAAGAUGUAUCACAGUCCCAGAAGGAUUUUUGGACUUCCAGAGCAGCCAGACACGUACAUUGAGAUAGAUAUGGACCAUGAGUGGACUAUUCCCGACAAAUUGACUCAUAGUAAGGCAGGUUGGACUCCAUUUGCUGGAAGAAAGGUAAAAGGUAUUGUGCGCCGAGUAAUUCUUAGAGGGGAAGUAGCCUUUGUUGACGGGAAAGUUUUAGUUGAACCAGGUUAUGGACAGGACGUGAAGACAUGGAGCUCGACUAACCAAGUUCAGUUCAAAACCCUGCCAGCUGUGAAAAAGAGCUCGCUGAUGGAUGCUGAGAUUGCACCCAACAGAAUUAGAGCAGAAGGCGAAAGACAUGAAUCUGACAUAACCUGUGAGCGCCAAAGAAAGGAGAGUGGGCACCAAGGAAUUCGAUCGACAUCUCCCAUCUUUGAUGGACUUGAGCAUCCUCAUUAUGAACCCUACAAAAGAUAUCAUGGCUCUCCAACCAAAACUGACCGGCCUGACAAAGCUGAGCCAGAAAUGCUCCCCUCAAACUUUCUCAUUCCAAUUGGCCUUCCAAUUCAAGAGAGUAGCCUUAGCCUGGCCGGUAAGCACAUCAUUAAGGCCGGUAUGUUCAAGAAGGAACAGCUUAAUGCCAUCUUUGACCUGGCCUUCACCUUCCAUACCUGCGUUGUUAACGAGAGGCCGAUAGAUCACAUCCUCAAGGGUAAAGUGAUGGCGAGUGUGUUUUAUGAGGUGAGUACAAGGACAGCAUGUAGUUUCUCUGCUGCUAUGCAGAGGCUGGGAGGAAAAGUUAUCUAUUCUGAUGAGACCUCGUCCUCCAGCAAGAAAGGAGAGACUAUUGAGGACAGUGUCCAGGUUCUGUCAAGCUACACUGAUGUUGUCAUAAUGAGACAUCCAGCUACAGGAACUGUAGAACGUGUCUCUCACGUGUGUAAGCGUCCUGUGAUCAAUGCUGGAGAUGGAGUAGGGGAACACCCAACCCAGGCUCUACUUGAUGUUUACACUAUCAGAGAGGAAAUCGGAACUGUGAACGGUCUGACGAUCACUAUGGUCGGAGAUCUCAAGCAUGGUAGGACUGUUCAUUCACUGGCCAAGGUUCUCACCAAGUACAACGUUUCACUCAGGUACGUGUCUCCCGCACACCUGAAAAUGCCUGAAGACGUUCAGCAGUUUGUCAAGAGCCAGGGAAUUCAACAGGUUGAGUACACCGAUAUGGAUGAAGCCAUAGCAGACGCUGAUGUACUGUACAUGACAAGGAUUCAAAAGGAGAGGUUCGAGUGUACAAAGGAUUACGAAGACGCCCUGGGACAAUUUGUCCUCACGCCUGCGCACAUGACAAAGGCUAAAAAGAAGAUGGCCGUUCUUCAUCCUUUGCCGCGAAACUUUGAGUUAAGCCCAGAAGUUGACAUAGAUCCAAGAGCAGCUUACUUCAGGCAAGCUGAGAACGGAAUGUAUGUCAGAAUGGCCCUGCUUGCCAUGGUUCUCGGAAAAUGUUGAUUCCUGCUGCACUUACUUCGAUGAGUGUACAGUAUUCAGUGUACAGUUUACAGUGUACACUGUGCGGUUUAUAGUGUACACCGUGCACCCAAAAUUCGAUGAGUGUACAGUAUUCAGUGGACAGUUUAUAGUGUACACUGUAAACCCAAAAUUACUCAAAAAAUAUUAAGGAUUACUGAUAUCUGAAUUUUAUAAUUAAUUCGAUUCUCUUAAUGCUACAUAUCUAAUAUUGCAUUUAACUAUAUAACUUUCCCAUCAAUAUAUCUUAAUGAAUGAAUUAAUAAAAAAUAUACAAAUUAA